AUGUUGAGGGGGGGAGGUCUUACCAGCAAGGUGCUAAAGAUAGGAAAACGCUGGUUGGAUGACAAAGAAAGUGCCUUUUUUACCACAAAAAAAAAAGAAGGAACAAAAAAUGCCUUAUCCAAAUGCAUCGAAAUUAACAAGGCAAUUUUGAAAAAUGAAAGUAUCCUCGAAAUAGUAAAAAUAAUAAAGAAGAAUGAAAGAAAUGCCAAUAUAAUUAACUACGUAACGUUCGUUCACAGGUUAAUGCAAAUCAUAUGCAGUGGGAAGGAUGAAUCCAAUUACUUAAAAGGUGUAACGUAUAUCCAUGACGAAAUAGAGGAAAAAAUUAACAUCAUUUUUCAGUAUUUUAUUGACCAUAAGAAAAGCGUUAAGGUUGAUAGCUACAACAAAAGGCUCUUUUCCUCCUUCAUAUGGUCGCUUAGUAAGUAUGCCAGUCUGUUCAGAGGUGAUGGCACCCGGAACGUCUUUGCGAGUACGGCGCCGCAAAGCAGUUUGGCACGUCCAUGUAAGGGUGAAGGGGAGUGGCUGAAAAGGGCUCUUGUCCUAAAUGGGCAGGGGGAGCACUCCAGUGGUGUGCACAGUGUGUGCCUAUCAAAGGGUGAUAAUAGCAACGGCAUGGUCAGAAGUGCCCCUCUGCAGACAACUUUUCAGCAAAGGGAACAAAACCGAAGCGAUGGAAAAACUCGCUCAUGCGAAUCAGUCAGGGGGACCCCCCCGCCGUGUAAUAAGUUCAACCUGUUAUGCUAUUAUGCGGACGCGUAUUUGCCAUCCUUAAAUCCCUCUCGAUAUGUCCUCGUGCUUUGGUCAUUAAGCAAGCUGAAUAAGCAUUUCAAGGAGCUACACGAACGGUACUACGAGAGGAGCACGAAUCUCAUACCUCUGCUGAAGAGUAGGGAGCUGAUAAUGCUGCUGUAUAGCUACUCCCAUGUAAAUUACUCAAACCUACAUUUUUACGUAAAAGUGAAAGACUUUAUUAUGAGCAGAAAUGCACAUAGGCAAAUGGUCCGUGCGGGGGAACACGAAUCGGUGGUCAACAUGCUUCUCUCAUUUUCGAGGCAAAAUGUAUUUCCCCAAGAUUUGCUCGAAGGUACGGUAGACCAGAUUUUACAUUCGAAGGGUUUUUUAAAAUCUAUAAAAAGUAAGGAUCUGAUAACCCUCCUCUUUUGCCUUUGCAAAUGUCCCUUUUUAUACACACCAGUGGAAACCCCCUUUGGGGCGCUAAAAGGAAGGGAGAAAAAUAUAUGGGCGAGAAAAAAUAUCCUUUUGUAUGAAUGGCUAAAAAGGGAAAUUAUGAAUAGGUGCUGGAAAGGGAGGAGCCCAUGCGGGGAUACAUUUCAGACGGAGGGAAAAAAUACCCGCGAGGAGGUACCCCUACACAUGAGCACCUACUCUUUGGAAAACUUGAUUCUAAUCGUAUGGUCGCUCAGUCUUAAGCAUAUAUACUCAGCAGAACUGCUCCUUUGCUGCUUUGCCAAGUUAUCCCAUUAUUUGAAAAAUGAGAACUGCGUGAAUGGGUCAUAUCCCAUGUUGACGAAUUUUUAUUUAUCCCUUUUGUCCUUCUUGCUGGAAGAUGGGACGGUCAUUAAUUUGUAUUUUAACAAAGCAGAAUUAAAUGCCCUGCGUGUUCUGCACAACCAUGUGGGCACCUUUGAGAACCAUUUUGGGACAUUCAAAAAGGCGAUAAACAUGAAUGGAAGGAAACAUGACGUGGAGGUCUCCGGCAUGCAUAAGGUUAUAUACAAUUUGGUCUCCAACCUUUUUAAGGGAUCCGAAAAGGUAGCCGUCUUGUUGGAACAUAAAAACGGGGUGAAUUUGUCUGUGGAUAUUUUGCUCCUUCAAAGGGGGAACACUACAAGGAGGGAGAACGAACACGGUGGGGUGCCUCCACGUGGUGAAUUCUUACGUGAGGAGGUAUCAUCCCAUGGAGAGAAGAUGAAUGAACAGGCUUAUCACAGCGAUGAGGGAGCGGCGAAAUGUGCAGGGUGUGCAACGGGGAAGAGCUACGUGGCUAUUGGCUCCCCGUUUGUAAUAACCCCAAAACGCACAUCACUAGGGGCGCAUCAAAAGUGUAACUACCACAGCAGCGCCGAAGCGGAUAACAUAAAAAGUGGAACUUACACCGAAGAGACUCCCAACGUGAGUGCACCGAUUGAGAAGGCAGAUAUCCCCAGCGAUGAGGUAAGAAGUAGCUUGCUCAGCUUCAUCGAAAGGAUAAAAAAUGCGAGUGACAAAAUGGACGCCAAGGAAUUGAAAAAAAUAUUCAAAGAGGUGCUAACCUUCUUUGGGAAGUACUUUACCCAUAUGAACGAUCAAGAUGUUGUCAGUUUUUUUUACAAAUUUUCUGCCCUUUUUCCGAGACUAUGCGAGUUGAGAGACCGUGGCAGGAUGGUCAAUGGUGGGGGAGAAGACUUUUUAAGAAUUUUCUCCCUCUUCCAUGGAUAUACCACGAAUACCUUUUUUCAAAAUGUGAACAAAAGGAAGACGCAUCACCUCCUUGACGUGUGCUGGGUCUACUUCCGAUACAUGAAAUAUUUUUGCUCUUUAUCGAAGGAAGGAAAUUCAGAUGGGCCUAGAGACAGAGAAAGCGUAGCAGGAAUGGCCACUAAAAAAAGGCUAUCCGGGGAAAUAAAAAAAAUUGUAGACCUAUUCGAUCAUGUUGUAAUGAACAAAAUGAUAAAUGAAGAAAUGAUAGCAAAAAUGUCGUCCAAAAAUAUGGCCCACCUGAUUUCCAUUUUUUUGCACCUUAACAAUUCGAGCAUGAUAGGAUAUUUAAAAAAGAGUAAUUUUCACAAUGUUCAUUUUAGUGUGAAAGAUAUUCUCCUAAUUUUGAGUGCUUUAGCCAAGUCCCAUUUUGAAUGGAAAACUGAAAGAAGCUAUUUUUGCAACAAAUUUAUUGAGCAUAUAGACACCUGUGGGGUGCGGGACUUAGUAGAAUUUACCCAUCUGUGCGCGGAGUUAAAAUGGAGCAGUGAGCCUAUCAGUACGCAUAUUAAAGAUAAAGUUAACUCGUGUGUUCCCCUCCAACCGCUUGCAAAGCAGCCAUUUGUGGAGCGAAGAAGCAACUGCUAUGGGGGAGGGGCAGCCGUUUCUUCUCCCUCCUCCGGGCAGACAAGGCAGACAAAAUUCAUUGAGACCUUCGAACAGGAUGAGCUAGCCCUUUUCGUGAGGAACUGCUACCGAAUGCACUGCUUCGAUCGACAUUUUUUUGACACACUGUGCGACUCGGCGCUGAGGAGGCGCAGCUCGCUGAGUGUGAAAAGUCUGUGUAUUUUGCUGCCCUGCUUCGCGCGCGUUUAUUGCCUGCACGGGGUGGACGCGCAUUUCGCUAGCGGAAGGAGUGGGGGAAGCGAGUCCCUCACCAGAAGUGGGCACACCGUUCAGUUGGCCCAUCCCAGCGACCAUCUCGAUGCAGACAUAUCCUCCUGCAGGUACGACGUGCCCGCGUCUUUAAAGAAGCUCGCCAAGCACGCGGAGGCGAAAGUGCUCUCGAGCAGGAACCCCAAUUUGUUCAACCUGGCCUAUUUUAUGGAGGCAAUUACGCUGCUCAAAGUUGAAAAUAAAAGGGCGUAUGAUUUAUGCGUGAAGGAGGUAGAGAGGAAGGUAGGAAUGGGCAUACAAAUCGGAGGCACAAACGGAGCCACAAAUGGAGAGAGGAAAAGACAAAGCUGGGGAGAUACACAUAAGGAGGUAAAACUGCUGGGGAAAAUUUUAUGGUGCAUGUCGUAUUACCAUAAAACGGAAUUUACCUUGGCAAGGAAAAUUACUAACUUUCUGCUAACGAGGAGGAUAUACCAAAAUGUAUCCCCCGAAAAUUUUAUUUCCAUUUUUUUGUACUACAUAAAAUCGAGGGUAUACAACAGAAGGUUGUUCCAUGAAAUGGGUCAAGCAAUCACAACGAGCAUAACUCUGCGCGAUUAUUUUGUUGGCGGGGAGGGCAAACAAAGGGGAGGCUUCAAAUUAAGCGUCAUCACCGAACUGUUUGGAACGAUGGCAUGGGCGUACGCAUUUACCUGUUGUUAUGCACACCAGGUGGAAGAUAGUGGCACCAAUAGGGGGGAAAAAUAUAUGAGGCAAAAAAGUGAAACACAAAAUGAUCAACUCUUUUUAAACAAAAUAUACUCCUUCCUGCUAAACGAAAUUAAAACUCUCCACAAGUAUAGGGGAGUUUCUUUUUUACUCUUAGCAAGAUAUUUAUGGGGCGUUGCAAUUGUGAAUUUAGUAAAUGAAGAAGUAGCCCAUUUUGUUAACACCUACAAUUGGGACGGUGUACGAAUUAGGGAGCAAAAUGAUAUGCACCUACACAUGAUUGUUACCUUCUGGUUAAGAUUAAAAUAUUCCCAUCAUGGCUUUCACCUUUGCGAGGACUUCCUCACCUUGAAGGAUCGUAUCAUGUGCCAACUUGGGAAAAAGCAAAAAGAGUUAAAAAAUGGCCACCAUGCUGCUAGCGAGAAGGUGUCAGACUUCCACCAGCAGGUGUGCCAAGUGUUAGACAAAUUUGGAGUGAAAUACGAAAAUGAGCACAUGGCGCAGGAACUUUUGUCCAUCGACUUGGCCAUAAGGGAUGAAGCGGCGGGGGAAAGGAUUGCCGUUGAGGUGGACGGCCCAUCCCACCAUUUGGUGCUUCUGGACGAGACCGACCCGAGGGCUAAGAAGAUGUAUGCCCCAUGUGGAACCACCCAUUUUAAAAACUGGCUGUUGAGGAAGAUGGGCUGGACGGUCAUCAAUAUCGAAGCGCAUAAGUGGAAUAAACUCAGGAAAGAAGAGAAGGACGCCUACGUGGUGGGCAAACUGACAAGUUGCAGUGAGAGCCUUAACAACCACUUUGCGAAGUGGGUCUCACCGAAUUGA